AUGGACAAGCUCAAGUGCCAGGCUUCCAUCGAUGACAUUGCCACAUUACGAUUCAACAAUGCGGCGAAAGCUCCAUUUCUUCACUCGGCAGCGCCGGAAGUUCGACGUAAAUUCGAAAAAAUCUGGAACGAUGAAAACAUUCCUAGCGAAGCUCUCAGGAACCUCAAAAUACAGACAUUGGCUGUGUCACUGCUCAAUGGGAAGCAGUUGGAGGAGUACAACCGCUGGGCAACGAAGCGACGCUACGUGCUAAAAGCUCGGGAGCAUGAGCUCAGGGAACUGAGCCCCGCUGCUAAACGAACACUACGACGAAUCAGUAAUCGAUGUACGACUUUCUUUAUUUCUUUUCCAAAUUUUCUUAAAAUAGAUGAAACAUAA